CUUGUUGGCAAUCACUUCCGCCCAGGGGUUUGGAAUACCCGAGGCCCUUGGGCGGCGAACAGCAGGAAAGGCACUUCCGGUGUAUGUUGCCUAGGCGCCGGCUUGGUGGGCCAGCGGGGCGACGGAAGUGGGUCGUCCUCUUCCCCCACCCCCCUUUUGGGGGUCGAGAUGUCGGGGCUCAGCGCUCCGGAGACGGAGGGCUGUCGUAACCUGCUCGGCCUACUAGACAACGAUGAUAUCAUGGCCCUGUGCGACACCAUCACCAACCGCCUGGUGCAGCCUGAGGACCGCCAAGAUGCCAUUCGUGCAAUAUUAGUGUACAGUCAAAACGUAGAAGAACUUUUGAGGCGUAAGAAAGUCCACCGAGAAGUCAUAUUUAAGUACUUGGCAACGCAGGGGGUUAUUGUACCUCCAGCUACUGAAAAGCACAAUCUUAUUCAGCAUGCAAAGGAUUAUUGGCAAAAGCAGUCACAUCUGAAAUUGAAGGAGACACCAGAGCCAGUUAAGACAGAGGACAUUAGACUGUUUCAACAGCAGGAAAAAGAAGAUAAAAAAGCUGACAAAGUUGAUUUUCGUCGAUUAGGAGAAGAAUUUUGUCAGUGGUUCUUUGAACUUCUUAAUUCUCAGAAUCCUUUUCUGGGUCCACCUCAAGAUGAAUGGGGGCCACAGCACUUCUGGCAUGAUGUCAAGCUUAGGUUUUAUUACAAGACCUCUGAACAAAACGUGAUAGACUACUAUGGAGCAGAAAUUGUGAGCCUUCGUCUGCUGUCACUAGUGAAAGAAGAAUAUCUUUUUCUCAGUCCCAACCUAGAUUCCCAUGGACUGAAAUGUGCUUCUUCUCCCCAUGGUCUGGUUAUGGUUGGAGUUGCUGGGACUGUCCACCGAGGGAACACUUGUUUGGGCAUUUUUGAACAAAUUUUUGGACUCAUACGCUGCCCUUUUGUGGAAAAUACAUGGAAAAUCAAAUUUAUCAACUUGAGAAUUAUUGGAGAGGGUUCUCUUGCUCCUGGGACAUCAAUGAAACCAGCUAUUACAUUUGAACCUAGUGAUCUAGAGGCCUUUUAUAAUGUAAUUAGUUUAUGUAGUACAAACGAAGUACAACUUAAUGUAAGGCAGACAUUGGAUAGUGGAACUGGAGACCAAGCUUUAUGCAGUGGAGAUGAGGCAUUGUUGAACAAAAGAGAACUUAAUUUUUACCCAACUCUCUAAAGCACUGAACAUUGUAUGUCAUUCUCAAAAACUUUCUAUACAAAAACACCUCUAAAUACCCCAUCAGUAAUGUCUAAGUGAUUUCAGGUGUGAGGAUUGACAUUUUAGUUGAAAUAUCUGUCUUGAUAACAGACUGACAUACUAUGUGAAUACUUGGCUCUUUCUACCUGAGUUGCAGCAAAUGGUCAAAGAGCUAAUGCAGUUCAUCAAAUAAAUCCCUUUUAGAUGGUAUAACUAACGGUGUGCCUUAGAAACCAGGUAAUACUUUCAUUUUACUUAGUGAAUAUUCUGCUAAUAUUUGUACUUUUCAUGUGGGAAAGGUUUAAUGUAAACUCAAAGUUUUCAUUUUAGAAAACUUGAGUGACAUUCUCAUGCAAAAAGUCCAAUAAUUUAGCAGGUGGAGAAAAAUACACUUUGCCUUUUUAAAAUUUGAGGAACAUUUUUCAGUUAUCUAUUAGUAGAGCAAGCUAAAUAUCUUAAAAUCUGCAACAUUUUCUGAACUCUUUUGGUCAAUGAUAAAUGCUAUUCUCUAAACAGACCUAAUUCUUAUCUAAGGCUUCAGCUAACAUUUUUAAAGAACAUUUAGUGUAAUACCAUAUAAAGGAAACAUACCAUUGAAAUUUUUUAAAAGGUAUGCCCAGUUCUAACUUAAAUGAAUUACUAUUUGCCUCUUGAUUGAUCUCAGAAGAGGUGACCAAAACCACCCCCCACCCAAAAUAAAAAACACACACACAAAUUUAUAAUGUGGGCAUAUCUAUAUACAGAUAUGGAUAUACUCCUACAUCAUAAAUUAAAAUUAUUAGGAUUUUUCACCUCUUUAAAUUGUUCUACUAGGUUUGACUUAAAAGGUUAAGUUGCUUUAGGGUUUAAAUUCUUCAUCACUUGGCAACUACUUGCUGAUCUGGGAUUUAGUAAUUUUAAUUUACAAAAAUGCCCUAUAGAAAAAAUUCAGCAGGGAAUUGUGAUGAUGUGUUAUACAUGUUAUUUUACCUUUAACUCUUCUCGUGAUCAUCUAGGAUAACAAGAAUUUUGGAAGCAGGGGGAAAAAACUCAUCAUUUUUGGUUUUUUAAUGCCAUACCUUUUACGAGGAGUACAAAUUGAUACAUCCUAAAAUAAAAACUUAAUAAAGGAGGGAAAUUCCUACUGUCUGCUGUAAGAAUAGUGUAUUGUUUAGAUUUAAAACCAGAUUAUCGUUUUCAUCUUUAAGUAUCAUUAUAACAUGUACUCAAUAAAUAUCAGUAAAGGAUAAAAUUAAAAACU